AUGGAUAUGAACCAUUUGAUAGGUCAGCGUUUCAACCUGAUCUCCAAGAGCGAGAUUCGCUAUGUCGGCACACUUCAUGAGAUCAACCCCGAGGCAUCGACGAUAGCGUUGGAGAAUGUGCAGUCAUUUGGUACCGAGGGCCGCCGCAAGAACCCAGCGGAGGAGGUUCCUCCCUCUUCGACUGUCUAUGAGUACAUCGUGUUCCGUGGUAGCGACGUGAGCGAUAUCAGCAUCGCCGAUGAGGAGACAAAGGAGACCACACAGCCAGAGCCUCCUCGGGUUCCCGAUGACCCUGCUAUUCUUGGUGCCCCCCAGGCCCCGGAGGUCCUGGCGGCUUCCCUGGCAACAUGCCUUAUGGCGCCCCUCCUCCUGGCUGGUUUCCUCCUCCUGGCCACGGCUUCCCUCCCGGUGGACCUGGUCCAUUCCCACCUCAGAUGCCCCCCGGCGCACCAGGACAGCCCCCUCAGCAGCGCCCCGGCCCUCCUGUUGCACCCACCCCCUCAGACCACCUCCGAGCUUCCUGGCGGAGACCAGAAGCCCUCUAGCCGCAAUGCAACCCCUGCUCAGACUGCACCCACCCCUCCCGUUGAGUCUAAGCCUUCUGUAGCUGAGGCUGUGCAGGGAUCUGCGCCUGCUGCCGCUGCCGCCGCUCAGAAGAACGGCCGCGUCAUGCCAGUUAUCCCGAUGGCUGCGCCGCGACCUGUCGCUCCCGCUCACAGUGCGGCUCCUAUCGAUGCCACUGCCGCAGCGACUCAGGCCGUUGCGGCAGCGAUGGCCAAGCUGCCUCAGCCCGGUGCUCAGAAGAAGCCCGGCCAGGAUGCCUCAGUCGACGCUCUUACCCGCAAGAUGAACGACAUGCAACCGUACAGUGGUCCUCGUGCUCCUCGCGGUGGUCACCAGCAGCAGCAGCAGCACCAGCACCAGCCGCACCCUCGUGGUGGUCGCGGCGGUAUUCGCGCUCAGCACAAGAAGAUCGAAGUCCCCGAGUCCGACUAUGACUUUGCGACUGCCAAUGCGAAGUUUAACAAGCAUGAUCUGAUCAAGGAGGCCAUUGCCACCGGUUCCCCCGCUGCCGAUGCCGAAUCUCACGACGUCGCCCACCAGCCCGAGACCGAUGCCAAUGGCACCGCGGCUGGAACUUCACACAACCUUUACAACCGUUCGACCUCUUUCUUCGACAACAUCUCCAGUGAGGCUCGUGACCGUGAGGAGAACGCCAUUCGCGUUGGCGGUCGCGAAUGGCGUGGUGAGGAAGAGAAGCGUAACAUUGAAACCUUUGGACAAGGUAGCGUUGACGGCUACCGUGGCCGCGGACGCGGUUAUGGCCGGGGCGGCCGGGGUGGUCGCGGCUAUGGAGGUCGAGGCCGCGGAUACAACAACAAUCGCGGCUUUGGAGGCCGCGGCGGCUCUCGAGGCGGUCGUGCUCCUUCGCAAUCCACCGGCGUGCCCUCGCAGGUCUAA